AACCAUGCCCCGAAGCCGGUCGGAGCCCUGCUGCUACGUCUCUUCUCCAGAGCUGAUGAGCGAGUCGGCAGAGGUAUUGUGCCUUGAGAGAUGGAUACUCUUUGCUCCUUGGAAAGGCAUGGUGUAACAUUGGUCCUGAUUUAUUGCUAUCUCUGAUUGGUGUAUGGGCUUCGUUUCCGCUGCUUUGGAUUUGUACCUUAUGUGGAGGUGUUUCUUUAUCAAUAUCCUCAGCUUCACAAUGAUCUUGAAGUUUAAUGAUAUUCCAAAUAUAUUUAUACCAAUCAGUGUACUGGUAAGCAUUCUCAAAAUAGGCUUCCAUGUAUAUUGAAGGUUUAAAUAUAGUAGGUCCUUUGGUUUCAGUGACUUCGAAAUAGCAUCGUGGUUGUAUGGCUGUCGACUUGAUAGAUGAGGAGCUUCACUGUUUGUUGUAGCCUACGACAGUGAGGGUGCAGAUCAACUGCUGAUCAUGAAUGCAGAGAACUGCAUACUUUCUACAUGUGGCUUGUGAACCGCCGAAGAGUAGCGUAUGAUGAAGUUGUUCAAGCUAAAUGCAACAUUGUGGAGCUUUGUAUUUGUUCGAAACUUUCAAAUCUCCGGGAUUUUAUGUUCGCAUCCUGUGCGAUCGUUUUGACUGACCGUUUGUCAUCAACACAGGUUGCUACUCAUUUCUGAAGGUGUGACACAGUCAGCGUGCAAUCUGAAGGUCUCACCCCGACCUUUUAGGGCCGAGGUCAAAGGUCAUUGAGAGAGGGAGACAGUUCGAAGUCGAGAUCUAGUGAUCCCAGAUCAAAGAGGGGGAAGAAGGAGGAACCGGAGGAGGGGGACUGGUUGCAGCCCUUCUGUGACCGAUGUAGGGAAGGCUAAAGCAAGAUGGCGCAUUCUGACUGGAUAACCUGUAUCUGCUUGUGUGCCCUCAUCUCAGUCUCUGGUGCAAUAACAGCUACUGUCUUAGAAGACUUUGCGAUUCUGCAUAGGGGUGACAACCACACUAUCCACUGUGUCAUUGACAUUGACAGCACCAACCGAACAGCAGCUGACGUCGUCUGGAUCAAAGACUAUGACAAAGCCAUAGACCACCAUCCCCACUCUGUGCUUAACGACACGGUCGCCCGUCUUCACAUCCAAGAAGCUGUCUUCGAGGACAAAGGCACAUACUACUGUUCCUUCCCCGGCGAUAGCUUUUUCGAUUUUUUAGAGGCAUCAGCCACAGUGCACGUGGGAUUACCACCGGAGCCAGUGGAGAAUUUAAACUGUUACACUACCAACAUCAAUGAAUACUGGUGUGAGUGGGAGGAUGGCCGCCCGACCAAUCUUAAGACUGUAGAUACCUUGUACUAUCAAGGACCCUAUGUCAAUGGAAACAGAGAAAUUCUGCCCUGCAAUCCUGAACGAGAGAACAACUUUUGCCGAGUUACCGACGAUCCCUUCCAAACAGAAAUAUUUGUCGUGAGCGAAAAUCCCCUUGGCAAUAGUACCUCACAUUUGAAUAGACUAUUUGAUCCACACUCAGAAGUUCGGCCAAACCCUCCAGGGAAUGUAAGAGCAGAGAUCAACGAGCGACGCAAGAUUGCCAUGUCUUGGGAGCAACCUUCUGAUUGGCACAGAACCGGCCUUGCCUAUGGGUUGCACUACUGGUUGCAGUACCGAAAAGAAGGGGAAGGAUGGCUAAAUGUGUCUUUGGAUAGUAUCAGAACCGACACGGAAUACAUCAUCUCAGCCCUUGACCCUUAUACGACUUACUUUGUCCGGGUCAGUUGUGCCUACGAUGUCCUGGUUGACCAUUAUGAUGGAAACCCAUUUGGUACCUGGUCUGAGCCCAUCGAAGUAGUAACCAUGGCCGAAGAGCCUGGUGCUACCAUGAGUUCACUCACUGUCGUUAGUGUGAACGGGGAUGCCAACUCAUACACUCGAGAUGUCGUUGUAGGAUGGCAGGCGAUACCAGUGAUUGAAUACCGAGGUCCAAACUUUGGGUACAAUGUAUCAGUGCACAACGAGACUGGUGGAGUUGUGCAGUACAAACUUACUACCAACGACUUGUUUCAUUUGAAAGAUCUUGAUAGAUUUAAGAGGUUAACUGUGUAUGUGACGCCUUACAACGAUGUCGGCCCCGGGGUCAACAGAGGUCAGACAACCCUUCAAGAUGAAACCACAGUUCCUGACAAACCAGAAGAUCUGAGGGUGGUGACGAAGACGGCCAGUUCGCUCCAAGUUUCAUGGGUACCACCAAGCAGGAUCACAGGACAUGUUCUUCGAUACGAACUGGAGUGGUUUAAAACCAGUGAUCACAGUGGAAUGAUGAGUGCGGAGGUUCCGCCAACAGAAUCCAGUCAUGAGAUCACCAAUCUAGAGGCAUAUACGUCAUAUCGGGUAUCGGUGAAGACUGUCAACAAACGAGGUCCUAGUUCAGGAGCUGCUGUCUUUGUCACGACAUCACAGUCUGGUCCAUCAGGGUCACCUCUGGCCUUGCGAGUGAGCCCAGUACCAACCAACCCUGAUCAACUUCUUGUGAGCUGGGAGGAGGUACCAGUCAACCAACGGAAUGGAGAGAUUCAAUUCUACACCAUUAUCUACUGCCCUCUAGAUCCAGCACAAGAACAGGAUUCCCCCAUUACCGUUUCCUUGGCAACAGGCUCCCAUUGCGCUGAUGGAACGCAGCAGGAACUCAAUGUGACUGGUAGCCCUCUUCCCUUGUCAGAAACUAUAUCGGGAUUGAAGCCGUUCACGGAGUAUGUGGUAAGGAUCGCUGCCUCUACGUCUGCCGCCAGAGGGCCUCCUUCAAGUCUAAAGAAAGCCAAGACCAGCCAAGGAAUGCCCAGUCCUCCUCGCGACCUUCUCCUGACCUUCUCCAAUGACAGUGUGAUCCAACUGGUUUGGGAAGCACCAGAGCAGAUGAAUGGAGACUUCAAGAACUACAUCAUCAAGUACAAUGAUGAGGUACAGUCUGUGGAUGUCAAUUCAGCAACCUUGGUAGUGAAUGGAUAUGUGAAUUACACCAUUGACGUUCAAGCUUGCAGCAAUGCUGAUCCAUCCCUAGCCUGCAGUCUGCCUGCUACUACACGCGUCACGACAGAUAUCGGUGCUCCGUUAAUGGUUACUAAUGUUGAUGUUCACCUUGAGACGCAAGACACUGUGAUAGUUACUUGGGAUAGACCAGAGGUACCUAACGGACCUAUAGACUAUUACAUGGUGCGCUACCGACCCGCAGACAGUGAUGUUGAAUGGAUGGAAACAGAACCACUCCUGAUACCCUCUGCCACCAUUCAGAUAGACUGUGAUCUGGUGGAUGGGGCCACCUUCUUCAACUUUGAGGUCUUUGCGGUGAACGAGGUCGAUAGCAUCCCCCUGGCUGGAACCAUGUCCCUCGCUCAUCUUUUCGAAGUCUGCAAUUUACAUAAAGUGCCUGUGGUCACCAUUGUGCUUGCCAUCCUCCUUCCAAGUUUCGUUGUCAUCAUCGCCUUCUGUUUCUUGAUUUGGGUGAAGCAGUCAGAUCUCUUCAAGCCAGCACCGGAUCCAUACUUCAUUGAAGCUGUUCUUAAUCACAAUGAUGAAAAGUUCCAGAUGCAGGGCCGUCUUCUAAGCGUGCGUACCGAGGGGGAGAAGUUUGACACUCUUCGUCCGGCCAGUUCCUCUACCAAUCUCCUACUGCCGUAUGACAGAUUAUCUUCUAAGGAGAGUACUAGUACAAAUAGCAGCACAGACCAGGGUAUCCAUGAUAUGGACGGAUUCAAUGAUGAAUUGCGAUAUGUCCAAGAGAAUACCGGAAGCCGUAGUAACAGCGAGAGUGACGAGGAUAAGGCCUCAGCACCUGCAAAGCACAUGAUGCGCAUCAUGAGCGAUGACUACGAGGAGGAAGACACCGUGUUUGGAGCUGACUGCGAUGGUUCAGUGACCUACUCCCGCAUCGCUGAGGUUGACGGUGCAGAUUGCUCAACCCCGAUGUUAUCCAAGGAAGCAGCGGCUCAGUAUAUGAGCGAUGGCAGUGAGGGAUAUUCCCAGCUGUCUCAGGUCCCUCUACAGGCCAGUGCAACACCACCAGCUCCAAUCCGAGGUCUCUCUGACCAGAGGAGUGAGGCUUCCUUUGGAAGCCAAUCAACGGUUAGCUACCACCGACUGGGUAUGAGUGGCCUGACUCCAAUCACUAGCGUAGAAACGUUGCCAUCUGAAGAUCCCUUGGCAUAUGCACGUCUGUCCCAAGGCUCCGAGACAGACAACGACUACUCCCAGUUGGCUGAUUCCUCCAAUCAAUCACCAACAGAAUCAAGAGGAGGGAGGACACCCAGGCAGACUGAACCGAGGGAUGAAACCAACAACCAAGAGAGCAAAGGAUUGGCUAUGAGUUUGCCAAGUGUUUCCAUGGGCGGUCGCAUCCAACCUCCACAAGAGUUCAUUGUCGCCACUGCUCUCUCUCCUGGAAACCACCCUAACCCGGUCUCCAAGACAGAUCUAUCAGGAUAUGUCACUUCCCCUCCAGUCACAAAACCACCCCCGCCUGUCAAGCAUGUGAGCCCAGAUAUGCCCAAGAAAGACCUGAAAUGCGAUCACAAGAACCUUGCAGACUCCAAAUCUCAGAGCGGGAGUGACUCCUCGUUGACAGAUGGAGAAGCUUAUAGCACACUUGGAUUAGCAGAAUCGCCUUCUAGCUCUGUCCCACAUCAUCGGCCUCAGAAAGUGGAUCCGUCUUUCACAAAGCCAGACCCUCAUGUACCAGUAGAUUCUGGGUAUGUAUCAAAGGAAGCAGUUACUCCUGCAGAUUUACAGAGCACCCCCGUGAAGAACCCCUCAGGCUACAUCACAGAAGCAGAGUUACAAUCUCUCCCUCAAAAGCAACCAAGUUUAGCAGAUCCAAAAAGUGAUCAUAAGAAUGAUUUGCCUGAGAGCAUUUCGAGCCCUAACAAGCACAUACCCAGUGGACUCCCAAAAGUCAGAGCAAACGGGUAUAUUGCUCAUCAAGACGUGCUGCCUCUACAAAAGACUGAUGGUCCAAAGACCACCAACCACAAUGCAGCCGAUCCGUACAUCACGCCUGAACAAAUGGCGCAAAUGCCACAAGGGUCCCAACAUCCGCCCAGCACGCCGUCGCCGCCACCUUCACCGCCGCUAAACAACAAUCAUCCGCUGCCGCCCGGCAAGGAAUUUCGGCCGGACGACCCCUGCAUAGGAAUUGGGGUAGACCGAAAUAUAGCUGCAUUGCCUGCUAACCAUUCAAGUAAUUUUGCUGUAUGUUAGUUGACUGCAUGUUUGACUGUGUAUAGUAUGAUCAUGAAUUAGUGAUGAUAUUCAAUUUUGACUGUGUUCACCUCUGUGUAUAACUGGGAUCGAUACCAUGACAAGGAUUCAAUAUCUCUGGAUGCUCAUCACGAUGGUCAGGGAAUGAAAGAAGAAUUAAUUGCUGUUGGUUUGGUGUUAUCUACCUCUCUUCAAAAAAAAAAUCUUUUCUUGAUAUUUUUAUUUUUGAUGUGAUAUUUUAGUUUUGGAAGAUGGGACAGUUUGCUGUUGAGUCAUUAUGGUGUGAUUCAAGACAGCAGAAUGGUUAUGAUCUGCAAUUGCUAGAUGACAUCGGCGAUGUCUUAGGAAGCAUAUACGACUGCCAGGUAAAGGACAGCAAUUAUCAGCAUUAAAGUAAAGAGAUUUUAAAAGAGAAUAGUUGAAGGUGCCGUGCAUGGGAUUGUGGGUAUGAGCAAGCAAUUCAAGAAGUUCAUGAUCACAUUUUUUAUGAGCAUUUUUUAAACCUCAAGAAGGUAAUUACACAUGUAGGUGUUUGUCUGUACUGUGAUAAUUCUAUAGUCAUAAUUCUCAUGAUGCUCUAGUUCAGAGUGACCGUACAAGCUCACAUUGCUUCACUCACUUUAACACUAAUAACUU